CGCGCAAUUGCCCGCACACACAACUCUCUAAAACCCCAAACAAACCCCUUUAGACUCUCAACGCGUCAACCCCACCUCCAACGCGGCGACCCAUACCCUCAACCCUCCACAAUCACCAAAGCAAACCACAACAAUGACCACCACAACCUCCACCACCCACCACCGCCGCAUAGAACUCCAAUCCCCCCUCGACCUUUCCCACCUCCACACGCUCAUCUCGCGCGCCGCCGCCGCCAAGAUCGACCUGCACCUGCCGCCCUCGGCCGCGCCCGCCGGCGAAGACGAGCUGCGCGCCAAAGUCGAGACGCUCGUCACGCAGUACAUCGACGACACGUGGCGGCUCUGCCGGCCGAACCUGAGCGUCAACGGGGUGCAUCUGGAGAGCGACGCGGCGGUCGAGAAAGGAGGGGCCGGGGGACGUUCUGGCGGGGAGGGGCGCCAGGAGGAGGUGCUGGAGGUGUACGAGGAUUACGAUGGCGGGCUGAAGGAGCGCCUGGAUGCGCUGUUUGUGCGGCGGAAUGCGCUGGUGGCGCGGGUCGCGGAGAUGAGGAGGGUGGCGCCGGCGCAGGCGGCCGAGAGGUUCAGGGGGGAGUAUCUGCGGCAUGUUGAGGAGGAGGAGGAGGAGCGGGCAAGGGCGGUGGGGGGGAGAGAUGGGGGGGUGGAUUUGGGCGCGUUGGAGAGGUGGGAGGACGUGGCGGGGGCGUGGGAGAGGGCGGUGGAGGGGCUGGGGGCGUUAAAUGGGGGCUUGCCGGAGCAGAGGGCGCGGUUGGAGAGGGCGCGGGGCGUGGUGGGGUAUUUGGAGGGGAAGUAG